AUGUGGAACACGGAAAGCAGUAACGCUGAUCUGGAAACAAACAGAGCGACCAAAGAAGCACAGGGUAUGAGGUGCUUCAAGUACAAAAAGACAGGACACAAGGCACGUGAGUGCAAGAGCAUUGCCAGCCGUAGCUCUGGUACUGCCAUGUCACUGUCGGCACGAGUUUUCAAAGCAGUGUGCAGUGCCGCCUGUACCAAGCAGACAAGGUCAUGUAGGAAGCUUCUCCCAGCCAUUGUUGGCAAGCGAUCAACAAUCGAUGUGACAAUGUCAGGAAGGGAUAGGAAGGCGCUUCCUGAUAUAGGAUCAGAAGUGUCUAUCCUUCCAGCAAAAGUGCUUCAGCAAGCAAUGAAUGAUGGAAUCGACAUUGAUACCGCUGUCACAUGUAGCUGUCAAGGAUCUUCUUACAGAUACCUCGAGAAGGGUUACGGAUUUCUCGACCGCAGUGGAGUUAGAUGUUGUAAAUAG